AUGGCUAAAUCGCCACGGCGUACCGACGCUGUGCGACGGCCUAUACGGCGGACGACCCUGGCAGCCUUGGUCGUCGCGGCCUCGGCAUCGACGACCGUCGCCGCGCACCAGUUUCCCUACGUGCCGACGCAGAUCCUCACGCCGUCAUGCUUCAGCAAGUCGUCGUGCCACGGCGCCGGUCAGACGUACAUGUUCAAGCAAGCCGACGAUGGCAGCGUGCAGUUCCUCUCCUUCGACUACAACGACAAGCUCAACGCCGACCUCAGCCCCAAGGUGCUCUCCAGCCAGCUACCCUUUCUCAGCGACGCCGCCCCCGGCACCGCCUUUGGCGCGGUCCGCACCGCCAACGGCUCUGUGCUCGUCUACGCCGGCGUCUGCGGCGGUGACGCCGGCGCCGUCUGGUCCUACGAUGACACUAAGGAUGGUGGCGGCGCGACUGUCGGCGGCGGCGCCUGGACGAAGCGCAGCACUCGCAACACGGCCCAGGGCACGAGCCCGGGCGGCGCGCCCUUCUUCCUGGGCGGCACGCUGGCCUUCUCCGCCAAGCUGGCGCCCGUCAUGGACCAGCCUACGCUGUACAGCUACGGCGGCAUGUGCGAGGCGCCAAGCACGGAUGCGCAGAAGUGGCAGGCGGGCGCCAACUACACCAAGAUGAUGGUGAGCCUGACGCCGGAGAGCGGCGACGCGCAGACGGGAUACGACGCGUCCAUUGCGUCAACGGCCGGCCCGCGCUCGCCGUUUGCCGGAUUCACGCUGACGCCGCAGCCGCCGUCCAUCACCAACAUAUCCGGCACGAUAACGCAAAAGAUGACGUACAUCCUGCUCGGCGGGCACACACAGCAGGCGUUCAUCAAUAUGAGCACGGCGGCGGUGUGGAGCCUUCCGGAGCAGGCGUGGUCGUACAUUGACAUCAAACAGCCCGUGAGCAAGACGGCUAACACGGAACUGGUCCGCAGCGGCGGUGGGAAUAGCAGGAGGGACGACGGCGACGUUGUGCCGGAGGUGACGAGCCGGUCCGGGCACACGGCGAUUCUCAGCCAGGACGGCAGCGAGGUGGUGGUGAUGGGCGGCUGGGUGGGCGACGUGAACACGGCUGCGGAGCCGCAGCUGGCGGUGCUCAAGAUGAGCCAGACGUACAACUCGUGGAUGUGGGCGGUGCCGGAGGCGCAGCCGGCAGGGGACGGCAUCUACGGACACGGAUCGGCCUUGCUGCCCGGAAACAUCAUGAUGGUGUAUGGCGGCUGGACGAUCAACUCGAGUGCUGGCUCGUCGGCGAGCAAAAGAGCCGCGCCGUACACGGCAAGGUUUCUCAACCUAACCUCGAUGGAGUGGACGCAGGAGUACAAGCGACCGCCCCCUAGCCCGAACGAUCCUGAUGCGCCUAGCAUCGGAUCGAAUGGCCAGGGAGAAGGCAGCCGCUCCCGACGACUCGGCCUGGGCCUGGGCCUGGGUCUUGGUCUUGGCCUGCUGCUGUUGAUUGGCGCGAUUGCCUUGUUCUGUUGCCUCCGACAGCGUAAGCAGCGCAACGAGCGCAGACGUGAUGACGCUGCGCGAGCCAUGGCGCGGGAUGCCGAAUUCUUCAACGACCGCGACGACGUCUUGGAUCCGCCAGCUGGCUAUGGUCAAUGGGGAUGGUUCGGCCAGCGCGACAACAACGUUGACUAUAAUCAGAACAAUCGCCAACAGAUGUACAGCGAAAAGUCCCACGGAGGAUACGAGAGCCUGCUUAUGAGUGGCGGCUCCGGCGAGCAAAGUCCCAUCACAAGAAAACCCGUCAGCGGUCAGCUUCGUGGUGGUUAUGUGCCCUACCUGCCGUCGCCUGACGGGCGCAUGUCCAACUUUGCCUCGCCCCCUGGACAGAUUCACCCGAUCUUGGAGGACGACGAGGAUGAGGAUAGUUUCCGCGAAAAGGAGCUGCUGACGCCGUCGUCAGAGGGGCAUACGGAUCCCUUCCAGAACCCGCCCGGCACGGGUCACUAUGCUGCGGCGGCCGGUAUCGGGGCUGCGGCGGGCGCGGCGGCCAUUUACGCGAUUCCCCGUCGUGGCACGCCAAGCCCGGAACGGCCGGACCCGGAGGUGCAGGAGUGGUCUUCGGAAGCGGAUGGCGGUGCCGAAGCGCUGCUCACGAGACAUGCCCGGAACCGCGCCGGCCGAAGCUCGCCGACCCGUAGCGGCGAUUGGCACCACCUAUCGGCCUACCACGACGACGACUCGCGAAGCGGCUCCAACCUGUCCGAGUCGACGCGGAGUGCCGCGGACAGCCUGCUCGCCGGCGCUGGCGUGUACCAUAAGAAGGCUGCCAGCUCCUCGUCGGGCAGCUACCGCACGGCCAAGUCUGGCUUCGGCACGCUCCAAGCCGAGGCGCCCGGUCUCCUCCGCGGCGGUAGCGGCUAUGACGAGUACGACCACAUUCCCGUCCCGGGGUCACCGUCCAAGAACAAAGCUCGGAGGACGUGGCUGGGCUCCCUGCGGCGCGUCUUCUCCGGGUCCGAGUCCACGCCGUCGCCGGACUCGUCGAUGCGCGAGGAGAGCCCGCGCCGACCGUCCCUGGAGCGCGGGAGCGCCGACUACGAGGCACCGCUGGCCGGCGUCAGCGGCGAGAUCCUGCGAAGGAAGCAGGGCCGCCGCGGCUGGAACCUGAGCGACCCUCCGGCGCAAGUCGACCGUGACGGGGCGACCGAUCUGGACGGCGGCAGCAAGCGUCGUCGCGUGAGCGGUGCGGCGGAGCCGGAGGCCGAGACCGACUGGGACAUUGAACGCGCGGUGGAACAGCGCCUGGUGCAGGUCAUGUUCACGGUGCCCAAGGAACGGCUGCGGGUGGUGAAUGCUGCAGAUAACGACAACGACGAGGAAGAUGAGGACGUGCCGCCGCCGCUGGCGAUCAGCAAGACAAAGCCGAAGCCCAGCGCGCUGGUGCUGGAGCCGCCGCCGCGCGUCCACGAGCCGCACUCGGCCGAGGUGCUGGACUCGGUGAGCCAGCUGUCCUCGAGCGGCUCCGAGCGCCCGCAGACGGUGAUGGCGCCACCGGCCUCCUUCCUCCAGGACCCGGGCAGCCAGGCGUCGCCGUUCAUCACGCCGUCGCUGCGCAGCCUGACACCCGUGACCACGUACGGGGGGAAGCGCUCGGGGGAGCACCACGACGAUGACCGGGAAGCGAUGCUGCGGAUGAGUCGGCAGGGCGCGCUGGCGGAGCACGGCGUCGGCGACAGGAGGUCGGCGGCGGUGUACGGCACGGCGGAGGCGGUGACGAUGGAGCGGGCGCGUGCCAAGUCGAGGGUGCUGCAGAUGGUGGACUCGAUCGAGAGUAGGGAGGGGAGCCCGGAGCGCAAGGAGUCACAGUCUCCAAAGGCGUGA